CGUGGACGCCCCCUCGGCCCUGAUGCACAACAUAUCAGUGCCCUGCCAAGUGGGAACCGUCUUGUUUAGUUGGACGACACACUAACAAGCACCACUUGCUGCUGACUUCCAUCUUGGGAAGCCACCAUGAACGAAUCCAUCCCCACCAUGGACCCUCGCUGCCGGGAGAAGCCGCCGCUGGCUUUGGACAUCAUCCUCCAGUUGGACUUGUUCGGUGUGAUCUUGUACUCUGUGCUCACCUUCAUGGCGGUGGUCUCCAUGCUGAUCUUCAUAGAGGAGUGUGUUUAUAUUUAUAAGAAAGUGCCUGCCCAGAAGAAAAGUACCAUCAUUUGGGUUAAUGGAGCGGCACCAGUGAUUGGCACCAUGUCCUGUCUGGGGAUGUGGAUCCCCCGAGCCACCAUGUUUACUGAUAUGACCUCAGCUUGCUACUUUGCCAUAGUGGUGUUCAAGUUCCUCAUCUUGAUGAUCGAGGAGGUGGGCGGCGACGAGGCGUUCCUGCGGCGGGCGCCAAAGCACCAAUUAAGGAUCAGCACAGGGCCAUGUUGCUGCUGCUGCCCGUGUCUGCCGCAUGUGGCCAUCACACGGCGCUCUCUUUUCCUGCUCAAACUUGGCUCCUUCCAGUUUGCUCUGCUCAAGAUCGUCUUUACCAUCCUGUCCAUCGUCCUGUGGACCAACGGGACCUUCAACCUGGCUGAUCUGAGCAUCACAGGAUCAGCAAUAUGGAUCAACCCCUUUGUGGGCAUCUUGACCAUCAUCGCCCUGUGGCCCGUAGCCAUCACUUUCAUGCACCUCAGGAUCACUUUACGCAGCAUCAAGAUCAUCCCCAAGUACGCCAUGUACCAGCUGGUGCUGAUCCUGAGCCAGCUGCAGAGUGCGAUCAUCAACAUUUUGGCUUUGAACGGAACCAUCGCCUGCGCGCCGCCGUUCUCUUCCGCCGCCAGAGGAUAUAUGAUGAGUCAGCAGCUGUUGAUCCUGGAGAUGUUCAUCAUCACGCUGGUCACGCGUCUGCUGUAUCGCCGCCUCUAUGACCCGCUGCCCGAGGAGGAAAGCAACGACAGUGACGAAAACGCCAAAAUGGUUACCUUGCAGAAAGCUGUAUGAGUAGGUCGUAAAGGUGCCGUUUUGUUUAAUGCGUGCACGCCAUUUGUAUCCUCGUGUGUGGAUUUCAUCAGGCGAUGAGGGGGUGUUCAAUUGACUGGGUACACUUCCUGGUUGCACAAACUUUAAGGAGUGGAGGAACUUCACUGCCAAUUCUUCUCAGGUUGUUGCCAUCAUAAAACCUCAAAACAUUUGGGCAAGAACAUUUUGCGUUUCAAGUGUCAUAGGUAAUUAUUUUGAGAGGGGAUGUUUCAAUAGAUAAUUUUUAUUACUCGGAUGAAUAAGAAUAAAUCUGUUGAACAUAAUGGAUGCCAAUGUAUAAAUAUUUUAAAUGCAUCAUGUUCCCUAUAAAAUAAUGACAUUUUCAGGGACUUUUGUUUGUUUGCAAUUUCUUCAUAGAAACAUACAGGAAAAGAUUACUCUUGGUAAAUAUUUCAUUAGUGGUGUGCCGUCAGGGCCAGCAAGGCCUUCUCUGCUGGACAACAUAACCAUAAAUCAUGAUUAUAAUUAAAGAUAAAAGUAUGUUUUUAUUUACUUUCCCUAAAUAUCUAAAAGUAUUCACAUUAUCUUCAUGUCAUAUUAUGCUCCUUCCAGCACUGUUGUUUUUAGGUUAUAGAGUUUUUAUCCAUUCAGAAUUCAGCUUGCCAUGCUGUACGAUAUCUGCCUAGAGCCUUCAGAAUCAAUAAUGCAGGCAUCUGUGCACUGUAAGUGAAUGGACACAAACAUUUGACAGACAGUUGCGAUAGCCAAUCAGAUCACGAGUUGUUGUCAGUAAGGCGUUCUAGCUGGCCUAAGGCAGAUAUAUAGUGAUGUUAUAAGCUAGGUAACAUAAGAACUCCAUUACCCAGCAUGCCACAGUCGUGAAGAGCAUGUGCAGUAGCCCACGUUUAGGUUGUUGAAUGUAGACAUGCAGCAGGAUGUUUUUGAUGAGCACGCUGUGGAGUAAACUUUAAGAAGUCAGCCAACACGCCUCGUCUGCAUCUUUUAUGAUUACACAAGACACCACAUAUAUUUGCAAGGCCGUUUUCAAGAAGGAUAUUUAAAGACAAACUACAUCUUGUGAGACGAUGUCGGCCAACCCCGGAAGCUAGCUCAGCUGUCUCGGCGAUGAAAUGUCAGUUCAUAUAUUUUUUUUCUUUAUUUUUUCACAUUUAAUAUGUUUUUUGCAAUUUUUAUUUUGACAGUACCACAUAAGAUAUGU